AUGCCCACUGUGCGAGCCCCUAAGUUGCCUAUUGUCGCUACGGCGAAUGGUACAGACGGCCAGUCCAACAGUGCAUCCCCACGAUCAAGGCAUAAGCACUCCGGGUCUAAGCUCAUACGAUCACGGUCGGGUUCAACGUCCUUGCAAUCCUCGCCCGACCCGUCUACUGUAGCGGAAUACGCGGGCGAGCUUUGGCUGGGGCAGAAAUGUAGGUUUGAUAUUGUUGAGGAACAGAUUGAGCUCGCGGGGUAUCAACUGUAUGUCGUCGAGAAAUGGAUCGUAGAAAGAAGACCAAUUACUGUCUUGACGGUCUACACAGGUGACCUGGAGCACAAAAUAACCGUUACAGCGCUGAGCCCAUCUGCCUCAUUAUCACAAACCGAAGCCCAGCAAGAGUGGGACAGUGUCUUACACGGUCUCCGCAGAGACGGUGCCCGGCCUAAAGAGACAGACGACGGGACGCUUAUGGUAACAUCUCUGGCGAACUUCCGGUCUGACUUCACAAUCGUGCACAUCCCCGGUGGGAAUUUUCUAGAUAUCCAAGAGCAAUUGUACACAAACAUCAACCUGCUUCGUAUGGGUUGCAGCGGGCGGAGUGCUUUAACGUUGGAGGAGCCCAGUGACACUACGAAGGACCGCUUUGUAUCCAUGUAUCAUUUCCCUACCAAGAUACGAUCAGCACCGCUGUUCAAUCCUACAGUCCUUGAACUGGUCAAGUUCAUUCAGGCAGGGCUUGCCAUGUGCAAUAUGUAUGAUGCGGUACAGACGGAUGGAAGAGACAGGGAUAAAUGGUGCAGGGAAAUUGACGGAUUACUGUGCGACGAUACCGCAGACGGCAUCGGACGAUGGGUCCUGGAGAUUGGAGAGGCCGUGGUUGGGGUUGAGCCGAUGGAACGACUGGCCGACCCUACCGUAGUAUCUGCACUUUUGAGCCUCAUCGUAACGGUCCGCAACAAACUCAGGGCCAUUGGAUUUAACCAUAUGAUACCGAAAGAUCCGUUUCUCGAUCCUGAAGGUUUUAUUACUGGACUGUCACAAUACCACUUUAGUGGUCGUGCUCAUCACGGACACGGCUCGUCGGCGACUUCACUGACUUCGACCCCCAACCUCUCUAUCUCGUCAUACCAUAACAACCCCGCGACCAAUGGCAGCCCACCUGGCGACGGGUCCCAAUCUUCCUCGGUGUUGUAUCUCAGUCGGCCUGUGAUAGAAGCUAUAUCUCACUCGUACGAGAAAGCAAGGCAGUCGGACUCGUAUAAAGUCCACAGAGUCCUUCUCAAUAAGCUGGAUGACUUGACAACUGACAUACGCAGUGCAGCUUCAGGCGGAGACGGUCACUUGUCCGGUGAUGCCGGGGGCUGGGCGAUCAACCCUACUCUCGACAUGGCCCUGUUCGUGAGAGGUGUAGUGAGUGGAGACAAGAAGGAAGGGAUUACCAGUCUGAGGUUGCUCUGGACUGGUCGAGUAUCUGUCUUGCAAGAACGACGAAGACCCCCUGAACCGGUGUUGACCAACGAAAGGAGCAAGAAGGAUUCCAUUGGUAGCGAAGGAGAUGAAAAGACAGAUGGCAGAAGCUCCGAUAGUGACGGUGAGAAGUUCACCGCACCUUGGGGUGGUCGAGUCCAGAAAAAGAUAGAGUCAUGGGCGGCGCUCAGUCGCAAGAGGCAUAGUGUAGAUCUCAGCAAAGCAAAAAGCGAACAAACUUCGCCCUCGUCUUCGAAGCCGCAAUCACUGCAAGUGCCUGAGCUAGUUAUCUCACCAGAUCCUGACGAAGAAGAGGUACUGAGUAGUGGUCAGGUCUCCCCCACUCCUGAGGGCCAGUAUAAUCGUUCUCUCCUUGCUAUCGGACAAUUACCGCGCACCGAAACCUCUUCCACACCUAGCAUAUCCACUUCCGAUUAUGAGCGACGUAUCACCGAGUUCAAUCAGAAGCGUCCCUCUACGAAGCCUUACUACCAAAGCAGAAUCGUUAGCUGGUCAGACCCUCUCAGUGCCAGAGGAAUCAUGGAUGAGGAUGAGCAGGUGAGCGGCAGAGAAAGCGCCAAGGAAAGCGGAAAAGAGAGUGGUAAGGACGAGCAAAGGCGGGAACGGAGGCGCAAGCGAGAAGGAUCAGGACUCCUUCGCGGCGGACGCUUAGCCAGAGUAAGUGAGCACGGCGAGUUCUUUGUGGAGGGUACCCGGGACGACUUGGAUGUCGGCGAACACAAGAUUGUUCCGACUCUCCGGAGAUCACGUAGCUUCGAUGGAGCCGUGCCUGUUGCAGGGAUUCGCAUCUUACCACUCGACAGAUUGAGGAUAGAUGUCGAGUUGUGCGGACAGAUGCUGAUCAUGCGGCGUAGAGAGCGACACUUGCACAACGUCCUUGAUUGUCUACAGGUGAUCACAAGAUCGCUGUCGGAAACGAAUGCACAAUUACGCGAGGAUUACCGGUCCCAUACGGCGGCGCUGAAGGACCUGGAAGCCAGAGCCCAAGUCAUCGCCGAUAUUGACGCUGAACGUACGAAGGUCGAUGCGAUGGUGCAAGAGACGCACGCCCUAUCCUACGAAUCUGCGCAAUUCCGAGUGCCGGAGCUAUGGUACAUGGCAUUACCACCCAGGCGGAAGGUCCUGCAGCUCCGAGAAAAAGUAUUCGGCACGGGUGGGCGCCCGCUGCCCCCUGGUGUACACGGCGCCCAUGGCCGCUUCAAUCGACUGCAGUGGACGCUAGACGGCAGAGAGAGGCUGGUCGAUCGAUAUGGGAGGACAGAGAGUGAGGCGGAGGAAGAAGACGCAUUACCGGACGAGUACGGUCUCUACCCGCCGUACGAAGAAGAGGACGUUGUGGCUCAUCAGGGUAUGAAGCCUACUUGGCUGCUGAACCUCUUCAAUAGCUGGGCUGGUCAGUGGGGUCUCUUUACGGCCAAGACGAAGGGGAAGGGGAAGGCCAAAGAAGUGAAGGCUAGGACGUCGACAGAUGAGUCGGACGCGCCCGCCCACCCGCAGUCUGACGAAGAUCCGCCUACGUCUCCGACGUCCCCCAGAUCCGGUGAAUCUUAA